UAAGCACCCCCCAUAAAAUCUAUCUUGGCUUGUGGCAUUCAAUGUCUUAUGACAAUAUUGUUGUCAAUAGUUGCCAUGGGUGUGAGUGAUGACAUCACAAUGGCGAUGACAUCACAAUGGUUGCCAUGGGUGUGAGUGAUGACAUCACAAUGGUGCCCCUGACAAAAGUUUAUAUAAACCCUACUCAUAGCUGGGAUUGUCAGAUUAGUGACUGCAUGCGACCAUGAAAUCACUAAUCAUCACCCUGCUGAUUUUUACUGGAAUUUUAAGAGUAAAUUAUAUUUAUUUGUACUGGGGAGAUAAAUAUGGGCUUUGGAUCGGAGCCGUAAUGGUUUCCUGUUAUUAUAUUUAGUUCUAUUCAUGUUAAUGGGUUCAUAUAAGGGAAUUGUAUCUGAGCCAUUGUAGGUUCCUGUUAUUAGUGUUAUAUGUUAAUGUACCAGUGUCCUAUGGGUUUGCUGAGCGGUUUUUAUGCAAUGUACAUCACUCUGUCCCAGACAUCUGAUCCAUGCACUUUUCUCUUACAGGAAAACUAUAUCAAACAAGAUUACAAGGAAUAUUUUCAUAUAGAAGUUAAAGACUACGCUGUAUACAGUCCAGUUUGCCCUGUGACAGUUGAAAGUGACAGUUAUGUAGAGACCAGCAAUGCCCUGUUUGUACAGGAGAAACUCAAGCCCAUUGCUCUACUGAUCCCAGAAGAUAUAAAAUGUGAUGGCUUGCUGUGUCCCAUUCCUCCCAUAGAGAGAGAGCUCAAGAGACCAGAUCUAGAUCUGAGCAAUGUCACCAUUUGGGAUUUCCAGAGCGUUGUACCAUAUCUCCAGCUCCUCAUGACUCCUACUAACAAUAAAUCUGGUAUCAAGGAAGAACUUAUGGGCUUAUUGUCACCCAAAAAUUUAGUCAUUCUGCUGGACCUUUUGUGUCUCUAUUGGUACCACAAAAAGAGCUCGAAAAAGAAGAAAGAAGCUGUCUCUGCUGAGACAGAGAGCAAAGCGGAACCAAAUCUCAUUAUAAACCACCAAAGUGAUGAAGAAAAUGAGGAUGAGGAAGAACCAAGUCUCAUUAUAAACCACCAAAGUGAUGACGAAAAUGAGGAUGAGGAAGAACCAAGUCUCAUUAUAAACCACCAAAGUGAUGACGAAAAUGAGGAUGAGGAAGAACCAAGUCUCAUUAUAAACCACCAAAGUGAUGACGAAAAUGAGGAAGAAACAAGUGAUGAAGAAAAUGAGGAUGAGGAAGAACCAAGUGAUGAAGAAAAUGAGGAUGAGGAAGUAGAACAUAUAAGAGAAAGCACAAUGAGUGGGCCUAGCGACUGUACUUAUUUCUUCCCAUAUGAGCACCAAGAAUCAAAGUCCAAAAAGAAACGUUUCGGCUUUAAUGUGAGAAAGAGUUUCUGUCACUCUCCAAAUAAAACCAGGAAAAAUGAAACUAGUUACGGAAAAGAGAGGAAGAAAUUCAGCCGACUCUUCCUAAACUUUAUCCGCCAAAGCUUCCAAAGAGACACGUGAAGAGGAGACAUGUUUUACAAUCCUUAUGCUGAGAACAUUCAUUUAUUAACAGAAAGGAGCUCUGCAAAGAAG